UCGAGCCGGGAUCUUAGCCCUCCUCUGCCCCCUGGCGCCAAGAACAAUGCCUGUCAAAACUCAAAUCCACCCAUUUCACAGUUGAGUUUCACCUCCAAAUACAACCUGAACUGAAACAUCAAACAUGGCAAGCAUGCUAUAAGAGGCACAACCCUCUUCAAAUGCAAGUCCCCCUCCCUCCCCCCGGUUGCUGCACCGGAGACGAAGCGACAGCAAACGCGGCCUCGUGCUCGACGACGACGACGCCCGUUUGCAUAUAGAGUCGCCGCGCGCGCUCCCGGUGCUCCCGCCACCGCCACCGCCACCGCGCGCCCCGAGCCUCGCCGUCCAUGCGCGCGCGAGCUCCUGCGUCUCCUCGGCGUCCCUACUGAUGGCUCUUUCCUCGCCGGCGCGGCGCCCUCGGCAACCCCUCCUCCUACUGGCUCUGCUCCUCGCCGCGCUCUCCUCGCCCUGCGCCCGCGCCGCGGCCUCGGAGCGACGCCGCGUGCUGGCGCCGGCGGCGUUGCCACCGGCCCUUGCCCCCGGGCGAGCGUGGCAGGAGUUCCACGUGGCGCCGCCUACGGCGCCGCGGCUGGGCGCUGGCGUGUCCAAGAACGGCGAGGCCGCGCCACGGCCAACCAGGGAAUGGCGGCGGCGGGUGCGCCGAGGCCGCGGCGGGGGCACCGGCGCGUGGACGUUCUCGGCGAUGCUGCCCCGGGGGUUCGUGCCGCCGUCGGGCUCGUCCACGUGCCACAACGACAUGCCGGCCACCGCCGCCGACGCCCAGUUCUUCGCCUGCAGCGGCGCCGGGACCCCGUGACGAUCCAUGACGGCGACGCGCGGCCGUGUCUCUGCCUGCCUGCUUCGACCAACAAGGAUCCAAAGUCCAAGAACGGUUCCUGAAAUCGCAGGAUUCUCUUCUCUCUGCUCGUUCCUGAGGGGUUGUUGCAGGCAAUUGUAAAUUCGGUGAGGCUUAAAGAACUUUUCUUCUCCAGAGUUCGUGAAAUAGUCCAGGCUCUAUAUCGGAUCAACGGAUCGGAAGCGAGCUUGAGUUCCUAUUCCUAGUGAGUUGCCGUUGUUUCCAUUUGUUUCCUCUUCCUGCCCCUGUUCUUGAACAUGUGCCAAGACGAAACAUCCAUUCAAUUUGCACGCAGAGUGUUUGGACA